UAUUUCAGCAAGAGGAGGCAGCCAGGUUUCCGUAGUGUAGUGGUUAUCACGUUCGCCUAACACGCGAAAGGUCCCCGGUUCGAAACCGGGCGGAAACACGAUUUUUAUAACCAAUAACAGACAGGAAAACACCAAACAAAAAGAACUGAUGAGGUAGGUUGCUGCUGAUCCUAGAAGACUUUCCUUUCAUUUUCUCUUAGCUCUAUGCUCUGGAGCAUCUCUGUGUUCAGUUUUUCCCUCUGGAGUUUCCAUUUUCCCUUCCAUGCCAGGCUAAAUUUUAUUUUAUUUUAUUUUAUUUUAUUUUAUUAUUUUUUACUGGAUUUUUAAAAUUUACAUUUCAAAUAUUAUUCCCUUUUCCGGUUUCCCGUCCAUAAGCUAGCUCCCUAUCCCAUCCCUUCCCACUUCUUUUAUGAGGGUGGUCCCCCACCCAACCACGCACCCCUUCCUGCCUCACUGCUCAGACAUUCCCCUGCACUGGGGCUCCAGCUUUGCAGGACCAAGGGCUUCCCCUCCCAUUGGUGCCCAACAAGGCCAUCCUCUGUUACAUAUGCAGCUGGAGCCAUGGGUCUGUCCAUGCGUAGUCUUCGGGUAGUGGUAAAUUUUAUUCUUAAUUUAUAUGUCAAGUUCACUAAAUAUUUCAGAAUUAACACAUUAUCGAAAAUUUGACAAAAAGGUGGAAUUAAAAGGAAAUUUAUACUCAGAAAUAUAAAAAGUAGCUUCAACAUUUUUAAGUCCAGAAAUAUGACUUUUAACAACAAACGUUUCAGUUGUGCUUUUUAAUAUUUAUGACGUCCGCAGGUUCUAGGGAAGAAUCUGCACGAACACAUCAAAACUUUUUGACGCUUUUGUAUAGCGCAGCGAUAACUUUGCUCUUCUCCCUUUACUGCACUAACUCUGAUUUCGAGGUAAAUAAUUGUGCUAAAAUUAUUCUGGGUCAGAAGCAGGAAAACCUUUUCCGGUAGAAAGCCCACCUUCCUCUCACGUUGCGCAUGCCCAGUGUGCCCUGCUGCUUUGCUUUGCUUUCCUGCAUCUCAGCCUCUGUCACCAGGUAAGGGCAUUCUGGAAGAUGAGUUUCGGUGUGCCGGCUCAAACAGAACUCUGGGGGUCCCAAGAGCUUUCGGAUAUGCAAAAGAGGAAGGAGUGAUUGGUCUCGACUUAAGCAUAUCCCUCCCACCCACCACGGUCAAGAACCAGGGUGCACAACGCAGUCAUCUCCACUGGAGGGGCGCUAAUGAAGACAGGAUGACAGGCGAGAAAAAGAACUACAACUCCCAGCAUGCAGCGCGCAGCGCGGUUCCUGGAGAGGCCGGCUGUGCACUUGAGCCGGGUCUCCGCCCAGAUUCUGGGCCGACAGCGGUGGGCUGACAAGUGAGCGUCUGGCGCAGGAUGUAAGUCAGCAGUGAGGUGUGAUCCGGAGACCUGGGCAUGCCGGGAAGUCAGGGCUCAGAGACCCAGCUCGCCGGCCCUAGUGGACACCUAGAGUCCUAUCUCCGGUGUCCCCAUGGACCACACAUCCGGACGUGACGCGACGGCGGAGGAGGCAGGGAGAGGAGGAGCGUCGCGGUGACGUCCUCCCAAGAUGGCGGUGAGAGAGUGAAGAAACUGUUUCCCUUGGGCGGAUACGGAUCAAGGGUAAAAUACCAUUCUGAUACCAAAAUGCAGUAUUCACACCACUGUGAGCACCUUUUAGAGAGACUGAAUAAACAACGAGAAGCAGGAUUUCUUUGUGACUGUACCAUAGUGAUUGGAGAAUUCCAGUUCAAGGCGCAUAGGAAUGUGCUUGCCUCCUUUAGUGAGUAUUUUGGUGCGAUCUACAGAAGCACUUCUGAGAACAAUGUUUUUCUUGAUCAGAGUCAGGUGAAGGCUGACGGAUUUCAGAAACUGUUGGAGUUUAUAUAUACAGGAACUUUAAAUCUCGACAGUUGGAAUGUUAAGGAAAUCCACCAGGCUGCUGACUAUCUCAAAGUAGAAGAGGUAGUAACAAAAUGUAAAAUAAAGAUGGAGGAUUUCGCCUUCAUUGCUAGUCCCUCUUCUACAGAAAUAUCUAGUAUUACUGGGAACAUCGAGUUGAAUCAACAGACCUGUCUUCUUACUCUUCGAGAUUAUAACAAUCGGGAGAAAUCAGAAGUCUCCACAGACUCAGUUCAGGCAAACCCUAAACAACGGGUAUUGACAAAGAAAUCGUCUCAAAGUAAAAAGAAGAAAAAGGCCUUCAAUUCCCAGAACCCAGGGCGAGCUAAAGCACUGCAACACCACAGUGGUGUUUCAGAGAGUGCGUCUGUCGAGUUAUUCCUGGAUGCGAACAAGUUGUCCCCACCUGCAGUAGAACAAGUCAUUCAAGGAAAUGACACUUCAGAACUUGAGUUGACCUCAGUUGUGGAGAAUACUUUUCCUGCACAAGAUAUUGUGCAAACUGUUACAGUCAAACGGAAACGUCGAAAAUCACAGUCACAUUGUGCCCUGAAAGAACACUCCAUGUCUAACAUAGCCAGUGUAAAGAGUCCAUAUGAGCUGGAGAACGCCGGGGAAGAGCUGGACCCAAGGUAUUCCAAGGCCAAGCCAAUGUGUAACACGUGUGGGAAGGUGUUUUCAGAAGCCAGCAGCCUUCGAAGGCACAUGAGAAUACACAAAGGAGUCAAGCCGUACGUCUGCCACUUGUGUGGAAAGGCGUUUACCCAGUGCAACCAGCUGAAAACUCAUGUGAGGACUCACACAGGGGAAAGGCCAUAUAAAUGUGAACUGUGUGAUAAAGGAUUUGCUCAGAAAUGCCAGCUGGUCUUCCAUAGUCGCAUGCAUCAUGGUGAGGAAAAACCCUAUAAAUGUGAUGUGUGCAAUUUACAGUUUGCAACUUCUAGCAAUCUCAAGAUUCAUGCAAGGAAACACAGUGGAGAAAAGCCAUAUGUCUGUGAUAGGUGUGGGCAGAGAUUUGCCCAGGCCAGCACCCUGACCUAUCAUGUCCGCAGGCACACUGGAGAAAAGCCUUACGUGUGCGACACCUGCGGAAAGGCCUUUGCUGUCUCUAGCUCUCUCAUCACUCAUUCUCGGAAACACACAGGAGAACGACCAUUUAUCUGUGAAUUAUGUGGAAAUUCUUACACUGACAUUAAAAACUUAAAGAAGCAUAAAACAAAGGUCCAUUCUGGUACAGAUAAAAAUGCAGAUUGCAGUGUAGAUGACCAUGCUGUAAGUGAACAAGACUCCAUACAGAGAAGUCCUUUGUCAGAAACGCUAGAUGUGAAGCCUUCUGAUAUGACUCUACCCUUAGCGCUUCCUCUUGGGACUGAGGACCACCAUAUGCUUCUACCUGUCACGGAUAGUCAGUCUCCUACAUCAGACACACUGCUGAGGUCAACUGUGAAUGGAUAUUCGGAACCACAGUUGAUUUUUUUACAACAAUUAUAUUGACUUCGAGGACAUGGAAUUGCUAAGGCAUCCUUGGCAGUAAAUGUAAACAUGUCUGGUAAGGUGCAUAUUCAUAUGGACUCCCACUCAGUUGAGCUGUGUGACCACUAGUUUUUAUUCACGGAAGUAAAAGCACCGAUUCUGAUACUGCAUCAGUCAGUGCUUGUUCUGGCUUUGACUUCCAUUGUAAACAACCAGCCUGUCAAGGAGCGACUUCUACCAUGGUGGCCCUGUUUUGGGUGGGUAAGUUUUAGACACUGUUAAAGCUGCCUUAAUUCCAUCUCUUUUGCAUUGUAGACUUACUUGAUCCUUAGGUAGAAUCUGCCCUGUGGGUUUUUCGUUGUUCUCUCCUUGCUGUUUAAACAAAGUCUGCAGUAAUAACAGCUUCAAAGUGUUUGUUUGUGAGGCCUGUGGACCAGUGUGGAAACUUUCGGAGGGAUUGGAGUUCAUGUUUAUGUCUGAACAUUUAGAUACUAAGGAAGACUUGUGCUAUUUAUUAAUAUAUUCCUUUAGAGGUAACUUUUCUAAUGAGGCCAAACGAAGUAUUUCUCUUAAAACCCAGAAAAUGUGUGUACAUUUUUGUUCAUUUAGAGUGAAUUCAGUAUUCAAGAAAACCAGUCGGUCCCCAGCUCCGAAAAAAAGAAAAGAAAAAGAAAACCAGUACUCAGAUCAAUUUUUGUUUGAGUUGAAACUAUAUUUUUUUAAAUAGAUAUUUGGUGUUUUUAAGUGGUCAGAAGACAGUUUUGGAAUUUGAUUCAUUUUAUAUUUUAUUAGAUUUGUAGAUUAUUGGAAGUGAAUAUAUAACAAGUUUUGGAAAUUUUUGAUAAGCCUAUCUUGUAUCAGUUAUGCACUUUUUAAAAUAAAUGUUCUAAAAAGAAUUUUCUAGCUAUAAAAUACAUACUAGAAAUCACUUGGCUUCUAAAUUUGAUAUAUUACUUAGAAAAAUCAAGAAGCUUGUGUUGCAUGCCUAAGGCAGCACACAUACACACAAAUAGAAUUAAUAUCCUAACUUCAGUUAUAAGCUAUACUUUUGGAUUAUCAUUUUGUUUACCAUUUUAUAUUGAGUUUUUUAUAAACAUGGGAUUUCCGAUUUUAUGAAUUAAACUGCAACUUUUGGUUGUUGGCUGUAGCUUUAGAGUGGUCCUUUCCAUGCCAGCUGGGUGUAGAGAACUCAGCGGCACCCCAUCCCUCACGCCUGCUCCCUCUCUUCCUGCAUAUUCAUUGAUUUCACUUGGCAUUGUAAGUUACAGUUUCCCAGUCAGUUCCUGUGGCCGAUGAAGUCAUGGUGACUGUUUCUCUUCUCUGCCAUCAGUUAGUUAGGUCUCACUUGUUUUCAGGAUUUACACUGCACUGAAACAGACUCACGGUGUUCACUGAUACUGAACUCUUUGAUCAUAAUUCUCCUGUUUGGGUCCAAGUCAUAGAACUAAGAAGACAUAAUCGAACGCUCAGUUCUUACAAACUGCGGGUGUCUUCACAUUUCUUAGAGCUAUAACAUUUCCACAGUAAAUUACAACCGGUGAGCCUGACUGAACUAGCGAGAGAGUAUGAAAUACCACCUUUGUAUAAUAAACUUAUUUUAUUAUUCAGCUAAAAAAUCUGUGUGUAUGUUAAAUGAACAUACUGAGUUUGAAUAAAAUUUGUAAGGUAUAAAA